AUGGCCAAACACCAUCCCGAUCUGAUCAUGUGCCGCAGACUGCCCGGCACGGCGAUCGGUCAGCUCUGCGACCGAUGCGAUGGGCGCUGUGUCAUCUGCGACUCGUACGUGCGGCCGGCGCAGCUGGUUCGGAUCUGUGAGGAGUGCAACUUCGGGAGCAGUCAGGGCCGGUGCAUCGUGUGCAACGCGCCGGGCAAGGGCGACGCCUACUACUGCAAGGCAUGCGUGCAACUGGAGCGGGACCGGGACGGCUGCCCGCGCGUGAUAAACCUCGGGGCGACGAAGGUGGACUUCAUCUACGAGCGCAGGCGCUACGGGGCGCACAAACCCGGGUUGUGA